AUGGCGGGAAUUACUUUUCUCUUCACAGGUCAGAAGUACCUUGCAAUAUUCGGUGCUCUCUAUUUAGGCCUCGUAUGCCUUCUGGCCAUCCCGUUCUUCCAGGGCCAUGCUCUGUAUCUAAACUCCGUGAGGAUACCCUUGUUCUCAGACUAUGCGACGCCGGAGAAAUAUGGCCUUGCUCCGAACCGAACGCUCAACUUGAAGAUUCGAACCUCCGAUAACGAGACCCUGGGCGCUUGGUUCGUCCUUUCGGACCCUUACUAUCGCUCACUGUCCACAAUCCCCUCCGACGUUUCUAAGCAUGUCAAAUUUGCACUUGCGGCUGGUCCUGUUGUACUAUUCUUCCACGGGAAUGCUGCAACCCGUGCGUUCAGCGCUCGUGUUCGUCACUAUCAAGCAUUCGGAUCUAGACUCGGUGCCAGCGUCCUGGCCAUAGACUAUAGAGGCUUCGCGGACAGCACAGGAACACCGUCAGAAGCGGGGCUUACGCGCGACGCGAAGGCAGCUUUUAAUUGGCUUGUUGAACAUGGAAAGAAACCAGAGGAAAUUCUUAUCGCUGGACAUAGUUUGGGCUCAGGUGUAUCAGGCCAACUCGGUGCUGAGUUGUCAAGAGAUGGUAUCACUCCCAAGGGCAUUGUGCUAUUGUCGCCUUUCUCAAGUAUUCGCGAAGUGCUAGAGACCUAUCAGAUGUUUGGCUUUAUCCCAUUAAUUAAACCCCUAUCAGUCAUUCCAGGGGCCCUUCGUCUUGUACAGAGGCUUCUUAUUCAUCGGUUCGACACGCUGCAGGCAGUUCCUAAUAUCACGGCACCUGUCCUCAUUGCUCAUGCGGAGAAUGACUGGGACAUACCCCACUCUCACUCUGAUGUGCUCUUUGAGGCGUUCUUGGACCCCCUUCUCCCGCCGGUCGAUCUCGCCUUGGAACCUUUCUCGAUGUCAGAAUCUCUCUGGUUAAAAAUCACUGAGCAACAAGCGGCCCGAAAAGCGAAGCGUGGAGAGAUAGUGUCAACGCAGACGCUGCCGAAGUUCGGGACCUUACAAUCGUUCAGCGACAAGGGCAGGAAGGUAGUGCUCGUCAAGACAUUGGCAGGAGCUCACGAUUAUCUCGGCGUACAAGAGGGAUUGGUUGAUAUUAUUGGCAAGACGUUUGGCAUUUUAGUGUAA